GGAUGUUCUAAAAUAGGUAAGUAGAUAGACUCCUCGCUAGAUAGCUCUACGAUGAAAACUAUCUGGAUUGUAUAACCAACCACAAUGGCUCCUUUGAACCAAACGCCAGGGCAAGACUUUGCAGCUGUUCUCAGUGCGCCUGCACUCCAACCUCCUGAUGGAGUUACUGCAAAUUUUGAUAAUCCACCGAAUCACAAUGUCUACGCCUACGUAGCUUCCAUUAUUUCCAUGUCCUUUGUGGCAGUCUUCGUCUUUCUACGUGUCUACGCACGAGUUUUCUAUUUGAAGAAGGUCCAUAUUGCAGAUUUUAUUGGGCUGGCAGCAUUCGGAACGUACUUGGGAUUUAUGCAUGCAAUUUUCACCAUUCUAUUCUCCACCGGUUACUUCGUCCAUCAAUGGGAUAUGCGCGUGAAGGAUCUUAUAGCCUUCGACAAGAUGUAUUUCCAGGGAUACAUGUUUUACUGCGCUACGGUGUUGACCAUAAAAUCUGCCAUCAUUAUCGAGUGGACUUUCAUCUUCGUUCCGCAACAUACUCGCAAUGCAUUCUACUGGAUAUGCCAGGUUCUUCUGUGGUUCAAUAUCCUCUUUUACAUCGCAAUGAUGAUUUUACCCAAUGUUGCAUGCCAUCCACACGAGAGGCUCUGGAACCCCCUCAUACCUGGGACAUGCAUCAACACCUCCAUUUCCAGCACCCUAGUAGCUUGCUUCAAUUUCGCAACAGAUAUCGUCCUACUUGUUCUCCCUCAAAAGGUUAUCUGGGGGUUACAGAUGUCAAUCAAGAGGAAAUUAGGGAUAUCUCUUAUCUUCCUAAUCGGUAUUCUAGCUUCUAUCUCUGCCGGCUUCAAAGUCGCCGCAUCGGUCCCGUAUUAUAGUUCGAGAGACACGACGUAUACGUUUGCGGCAUUGGCCUUGUGGUCACUUGCUGAGAUUACCUGCGGCAUUCUCAUUUUCUGCAUGCCAUCUAUCCCCAAAACAAUCUCCAGCAUACAGUUGGCGAAACUGGCCUCAUCUUUGAAGUCGUGGGCCGGAACCUCCAUGGAGAAGCUAAAGAGGUCCAGGUCCGGAAGCGCGAGUCAGGUCUCCUGGCGUGGCAUAAAGUCUAGAUCAUCCAAGUCAAGUUUACACCAGCGAAAGGGAGCAUAUCAACAGAUGGAUGGACGCGCCCCUCCUCUUCCUUCGAGCGUUUCGGAGACUACGAGGAAUAAGGCUGAUUCCUCCAUCAAGCAAGACCCACUGGGUACCGAUAGUAAUGCGGCAGCCAUUGUACGCACCACCCAAUUUAUGGCCGAUGAGACAUAUGGUCUUAAUAUUGAGAAUGAUGAAUAUAACCGUCAGCAUCCUUGGGUCGAGAAAAGGGGGUAGAAACACAAACAGAGGCUGAGGAUGGGUCAUAAUGUAACACCAGCCAGUGAGUCUCGAGGACGGUUGAUGAAAUUUGGGUGCUUAGGUACCUAUCAUCUAGGUAGGUACCUAGGUAGUGGGGGACGAGCUUGUGCAACUUUCUUUUAAGGCUAUGUAGCUAGAACUAAAAAAAUACCUAUACUAUGGUGAUCUCUUUUGGUUCAGAUAUACGUAGUGUAGCCUUGUUCAUAGAGCCUGCUUGAUUAAGUAUUGACAGGUGUGGUAUGAAGCAAGCAGGUGAGCAGGUCAGCAUGUGGGUGCCGACUCAGUAGAUCGACCAAUCAUAUAAAGGUUGGGGGAAGAGUGGGAAGGGUGUGUGAUUAAUUUCGCCGCAGCUGUCAUUGGUUGAAGACUGCCGUUGACCGAAGUCUGGG